AGUAGUUUUAGUUUUCUCCGAGAAGAACUUUCAUCGUAGUAUAAAUUUAGGUUAGAAGUAGUAUUUGAAUGAAAUUACAAAGUUUUGCUCACAAAAUUUGAUUUAUUUUUAAUUGUGAUGCCAUGGAGUGGCGCAUAAACAUUUUGGUAUCUUUGUUUCUGGUAUGGUCAACGUGGUGGUGUUCAUACACAUGGGCAUGUUCGGAAUUGGAGAUUGGGUUGUUAAGUGAGGAGCUAUUGGAAUCGGCUAGGGAGGACGAGUUCUUGGAUUGGCUGAAAAGGGUUCGAAGGCAAAUCCAUGAGUACCCAGAACUUGCCUUUGAGGAGCACAAGACGAGUCAACUCAUCAGGUCAGAGCUCGACUCGCUCGGUAUCGAAUACCGGUGGCCGGUGGCUGAGACGGGGGUGGUGGCUGCAGUUGCUGGGUCUGGGAAGCAGCAGCAGCAGCCCUGCUUCUCUCUCAGAGCAGACAUGGAUGCCCUCCCUAUUCAGGAAUUGGUAGAUUGGGAGUAUAAGAGCAAAAUCAAUGGUAAAAUGCAUGCUUGUGGCCAUGAUGUUCAUGUAACAAUGCUGCUUGGAGCAGCUAAAUUACUUCAACGCAGAAAAGAUGAACUCAAGGGCACUGUUAAGCUUGUCUUCCAACCUGGAGAAGAGGCUCAUGCUGGUGCUUACCAUGUGUUAAAAGACGGUGCUCUAGAUGAGUCACGAGCUAUUUUUGGUUUACAUGUUUCGCCAGAUAUGCCCACUGGUACCAUCGGAUCCAGACCUGGUCCAAUGCUGGCCGGCUCAGCCAGGUUUGUAGCUAUAAUUCAAGGGGAAGGUGGACAUGCAGCAAGCCCGCAUAUGACUAGAGACUCGGUUCUUGCUGCCUCUCUGGCAAUCCUUGCUCUGCAACAGGUUGUUUCUCGAGAAACAGAUCCUCUUAUGGCCAGGGUGGUCUCUGUUGGUUUCAUAGAUGGUGGUCAAGCAGCAAAUGUGAUCCCUGAGAAAGUGAAAUUUGGAGGCACUUUUCGGAGCAUGACUUCUGAAGGCCUCCGCUAUCUCCAACAAAGGAUAAAAGAGGUGAUAGAAACGCAAGCAGGUGUGCAGCGGUGUAGUGCAGUGGUUGAUUUCAUGGAAGAGAAACUGAGGCCUUAUCCAGCAACAGUGAAUGAUGAAGCAAUGCAUGAACACGCGAAGAGGAUUGGAGGAUUCUUGGUUGGGGAAUCCAAUGUACGCCUUAUUCCAAUGUCUAUGGGAGCAGAGGACUUCAGCUUCUACUCGGAGACGAUGGCAGCUGCAUUUUUCAUGAUUGGGACCAAAAAUGAAACAAUGAAAUCAGAUAAAAUACGGCUGCAUUCACCUCAUUUAAUUAUUGAUGAGGAAGUUCUUCCUAUUGGAGCAGCUCUCCAUGCUGCAGUUGCAAUAUCUUACUUGGAUAGCGUUAAUUGUCAAAACGCGUAAUUAACUACUACUUCUUGUACCUUCAACAUUGCAAAUCAGUACUUAAAUUCUACAGCACGCACCAUUAUACUUCCCUGUGAUAAUGAAUGCUACGAGGGUAUUUUUAUAUAUGGAACCAAAUUCUAGACGUGGGGUUACAUCACACACGAUCCAUCAUCCUUCAUGGUGUUCCAAUUGUACCUGAAAGAAUUCCUCAAACCAAAAUCAAUACAAACUUAGCAUAAGAAUUUCGUCACAUUUGUGUG